ACACAUGGCCAGAGGACGAAGAUCUGGGUCACUAGGCGAUAGUUCUGCAGAUCGCUUCCCCGAUCGUAUCUAGACUCAACUAGUUACGGGUCCCAGCACCAUCGCAGGUGGGAUGGACAAAAUAAGGCAUCAAAGAGGUGAAAGGGGAAUCUCGCCUUGGGCACAAAUUUGGGACUGGCCCGAAUCAGUUGUUAUUGACCAGAAUAGGGAGCCAUGGAGAAGGGUUGGGAAGGGGGGGAGCAAGGAAGGGCGACAAGAAAGGGACAAGCAAGGCGAGCAACAAUGGACAAAGAAGGGAGAAAUCUCGGUGAUGUCAUGGAGUUAUUACUGGGUUCGGGGGGAUGGUCAGCAUCGGGGCCAAGUCACGGGACCACGCUCUGCCGGUCGCGUCGACGGGGGAGGGGAGACUCCGGGGUUCCACGGUUCACCACUAUUGUUAUUGUUUACAGCAGAAGCCAGAACGGAAAGUGAUAAACAAUGCCAGCCGGGUCAUCUGCAGGACUCAUCACGAACCAGGAUUAUUUCCCCUCCGACCGUGUGGGUGUGGGUGUGGGUGGUGUGCCAGCGCAUACAUACGCACAUACAGUUACAGUGGUGACAUGCAGAUACCGGAGGGUGCGGGAAGGGAAGGAUGAGAGAAGGUUUCAUGCAAGACUUUCCCCUCCAUGUGACAUCACGACUGGUUCCCUCCAAUC